UUUCCACAGGUGCUCACAUCUGGUUCUGAAUUUCAAAUAGUUUUACAAACCAGAAACCGGCUAAGAUAUUUCAAGGAUUUCCACAUUACUUUAAAAGCAAUAACUUUACAUGAAAAACACCAAAGUUUUAUUUUGAGUUGCAAUCAAAAAUGUUUUUAAGAUAUGCGACUUAAAUUAAGUUUCCAUUUAAUACGUUUUAAAGUAAAUAUUUUAUUGAUUUUAACACAAUCCCACAUCCACAUGUAAGAUUUAUUAAAAUUGGUUAUUUUUAUUGAUAUGCUAAAAAAAAAUCUAUUAGAUAACAUUUUUUCUGUGUGCUCACAACAGGUUUUUUUGACACCUUAGCAGCGGAAAUAAAAAAGAACAUCGUCGAAAUUGCAAAAAAAAAAUAAACAAAAACAAAAUGCCAAUAAUACGCGACCUAUGCCAUUUUUUGAGGCCACAGUUGUGUUUCUUUGUCAUGGGAAAUACCCGGGAAAACCUGACAAAGAAAAUUUAAGACCGGCAAAUAAAUAAAGAGAAAAGAAAAGAAGAAAGAAAGAAAAGAAUGAAAAUUCCACAAAGUACAUAAAUGCACCAAUUUCAAGUUGAAAACCUAUAAACUGUUUUUAAGUCAAUGCUCUAGAUAGUAAAUUUGAUAACGAAUCUAGAGCACAUAUCAUUUUGCUACCAACUUUGCUAAAAACCUAGACCCAAAUCCACUUUGCUUUAUUUAUAGUUCAGCAAGUGAGAAAGGUCUCCCAAAUCAAAGCAAAAUCACUCUACUAAAUUCGUUUAUUAAACUCUUAUCGCUGACAUUAAAUAUUAGACAGCUUUAAUUAAUUUAUAAAGAUUAGUUGCCAAGUGUUUAAAUUUUGUACAAUAAAGCUUUAAAGGUUAAAAAAUAACUAUGUACUUAACAAAAAAAUGACUACCACUUUUGUAUUAAUCGUUGGUUUAUCUUGAGUAUUUCAACUCAAGAUUCGUUUAUCAUUCUUAAUAGAGUUUUAUUUUCCACAUUCUCCUACAGUCUGUGCUCAAAGCAGCAAAAUGUUUUGUUGAUAAGCAGGGAAAUUGGUUUAUGAUAUUGUUCUUAGCUCAACGCACAUAUCAGUCGAGUUCGAAAAGCACUCGACAAAAACGUGACAAAUAAAAAAUUACUCGUGUGGGCCAUAAAUACUAUACAUGUUUUUCAUAUAUGAAAUGAUUGCUAUAUAUACUUUCGAUCACAACUCGCUCGCUGACGUCGAUAAGACCUGACUAAUAUCAACCUUAUUUCCAUGGAGAAAUAGUAGGUCUUAUCAGGCUGAACAUCAAAAGGAGAAACCCGCAAAAUGCACGGAGUGAAGCGGGUGCUGAUCUUCUGCCUGAUGAUUGUUAUACUGCCGGCGAUCCUCAUCAUAAUGCCUCUGCAUCUGCGAAAAACGGUCUUUGCGGAUGUCAUCUAUCCGAUGGCGGAGUCCGAUAUCAUCGAGAUCCGAGCGGGAAUCUCGUCGAUCUUCUGCUCGAAGCACACCCUGCGAAUGAGCUCCAACUUCAAUGCCUUUCAGCUGAGGAACAAGCCCGAGAUCGCCACAAACAGGAAGCACAUCAGGCUGAAGAAGUCGAUGACCCUGCCGGACGACACUCUGGAGUACUGGGGCUUCUUCCUGCUCAAGGGAGCCAAGGUGCGGGUGAAGUUCUGCUCCCGGUACGAUGGCUCCCGCAUCCUGAUCAUCCACGGUCACCGGGAGCUGAAUCUCUGCGGGCUAACCGAUCACAACAAGAACAAAAUGGGUGCGAAUUACGCCAAAGGACACGAACAGGUGCAGGUGUUUUUCGAGGAUAACGUGGAGAUCACCGAGGAGAAGGGCAACCAGGAUAUCCUGAUGGAGCACGAGAACCAUGGAGGUGAAGAUCUGAGCGAGGAUCCUGCACAACCUCCAUUGAAUGUAACUCCCAAGCCAAGUAGUUCGCCGCAACCCAAGUUGCUCAGGAAGAAGCUGAAAAAGGGAACACUUCACCACAGUGAUCACGACUUGAAUGCAGUGACCGAUCUGCAGGGAUCCCAUCACACAGAGCACAUCCUGAACCAUCACAACCACAGCUCGAAUGCAGCAACCCAUCACCACAAUCAUUCCAACCAUUCGAACAGAACAAACGAGGAGUCGAGUAGUCAGAACCCCAAGGAAAUUCCAAAUGAAGAGCACCCAGAACACAAUUCAAGUGAAAUCCAUGAUAAUGCUUCGAAUAAUGCUCCCCAUCGCCAGCGUUUGAAGAGACACAAUGGAGGAGGAACCCGGAGAAACCAGAAGAGACAGGACCUCUACGAGAAGCUCUACAGAAGAACGAAGCGGGAGAAUGUCUACGACAGAAAGUACAUCCACGGAGGCAACGCCAUCAACUUCACGGAAACCGAUGAAUCGAAUUCGGUUUCCAGCUUCGAAACAGGAUUGUUUCAGUGCUUCAAUGGAAUGAUUCUGCUGCAGGAGUUCUUCAAACCCAAAAACGAGUGCUCCAAUCCCCACAUAAUGGAUACAUCUCCCAACAAGAGUUCCAUGGUGGUGCACAAUGUGAUCGAGGAUGGAUACUACUACUAUAUCUUCUACAGCGACAACGAUCACGUGCAGAACGAAAUCCAUGCGAUUUUCGAUAUCUAUAAGCCGACUUAUCAGUACUCGAAUAUGAGUGAAUCGCAGAGUUGUUUGAACACCACAAAUUGCACGUUUAACAUUAGUUUUCUGUCCGAUGAAAUAGUUGUGGUGGAGGUGCCCACUCGAGAUGGAAUCGAACACGAGGAGGACGAUAUAACCAAUCUGAUCUCCACUUGCCAUCCGCGAAGUGAGAUUUAUGCGAUAUUUCCGAUAACCGUGCUCGUUCUGAUCCUCUGCUGCUCCUUCCUGUAGUCCUCUUGAAAAUCCACUGCUUUUCCGGCGGACUCUUGUGAUAUUUAUAGUGAGGUUAACUACCGGGUGAUAUAUGAUAUACAUUCAUAACUGGUGAGAUGGUGAAGGCAGGUCCCAAAAAAAGAGAGCUUUUCAAUAUCCAAUAUCGAUUAUACACACGGAAUGAACAGUCUGAACAAUUCGUUAUCAAUAUUCGUAGUUCGUAACAUAUAGUAAAUGUAGCCUAAGACGCAAGCAUUUCAAAGUCUACAAAUACUGGAUUAUUUUAGCAACAUAAAGCGUAUAUCAAUUGUAUAUUCUGUACAAAUAAUUUUAGAUAAAUGUAACUUUAGGAGAGAUCUUUAGUACUUAACUUUAAUAUCAAUAAUUCUCAUUUUGUGUUGACUUUAAAUUGUUUAAAUUUAGUAAGGAUACAAAAACAUUUCACUGACAAAUUUGCAAUAAGUAAAAUCACUUUUCUUUAAAUUGGUAUUGUUUAUUUUAGUUUUAAGUUUCGUUUUCAAAUUUGCAAUAGCUAAAUUGCUAUUCCCUUUGAAUUGGUAUUGCUAAUUUUUUGUUUUAACUACUAUUUUCUGUUUUUAUUGAAAUAAACAGGAAACUAAAGAAUGUAA